AAUUAGCAAAAUGGGAGUUCUUCACUAUAUUGUAAACUUUUGCAGUGUCACCAGCACAAGGAGCAAACGCAAACCAAUGCAGACGGUUAAAAUCAAGGUUAAAAUGGACUGUGAUGGCUGUGAAAGAAGAGUGAGAAACGCUGUUAACUACAUAGAAGGUGUGCAAACUGUUGAAGUCGAUCGGAAAUUGAGCCUGGUGACCGUAACGGGCAAUGUCGAUCCGAACAAGGUGUUAAAGAAAGUGAAGAGCACCGGAAAGAAUGCAGAGUUCUGGCCAUAUAUCCCUCAACACAUAGUUCAUUAUCCUCAUGCUUCGGGUGCCUAUGACAAAAGGGCACCUUCCGGCUUCGUAAGGAAUGUUGUACAAGCUUUUCCGGCUUCCUCCAACAGUGUGCCGGAGGAGUAUUUCGCAUCCUUAUUUAGCGAUGAUAAUGUUCAUGCAUGCUCAGUAAUGUAAAUCACUUUAUAUAAUUUUGUUUUCCAGUAUUAAUGUACACAGUAUGUAAAAUAAAUUUCGAGGGU